UUGGUAAACAUAAUCACGAAUCAAUCAAAUCUAAUUUGCUGUCAUCAAUAUCAAAUUUAGAUGAAGAAAUCCAAUAUCCUUUUACAUCAAUAGUUAAUUAUUAUGAAAAUUUAGAAAAAGAAUCGAAAGUUUUAGAAGAAGAUUUUGAUGCUAAAGGAUUGAAAAAAGAAGAUUACUCUUUACUUAUAUUGGCAUUGUUUCGUAAAUUGGGAAUUCGUUUUUUUGAAAAUCCAAAUACUCAAAAAUUAAAAGUAAUAAUUGGAAAUGACGAUAUCAAUGUUGCAAUAAUAGAUAAUGCAUCAGAUGAAUAUGAAGUUUCCAAUUAUUUAUGGAAUUUAGUAUUUGAAUUAGAAGAGGAAGAAAGAAAUAAACAUUUUUUAAUUGGUAAUCCGCCCAUGUGA